UACCAAGGUAGGUAGGUAGUUUUCAUUCUUAUAUUUGAUGUUUGCGCUUGAUUUACUCACGUCUUCAUGCAACACAAUUGCAUAGGAAACCAACGCCUUUUAUAGCCACAACAUUGUUAACAGGCCAGGAUCGUACUAUUUGACAUCCCUUUCUCAAUUCCCCUGCCAAUAUUUUGGUUAUAAUGGCGUCUUCUGAAAAUGACGGCGACACGGUCCAGAUCGUCAUCAACUCACUCAAGGCAGCCGGCGUCAAGGUUGUCUUUGGCAUCCCAGGAGCAAAGAUCGACUCAUUAUUCAACGCCCUUUACGAUGAGGAAUCGAUCCGCCUAGUCGUCUGCCGACAUGAGCAAAACGCAGCCUUCAUGGCGGGCGUCGUUGGAAAGCUCACCAACGUACCGGGCGUCUGCAUUGUCACCUCUGGCCCGGGAACGAGCAAUCUUCCCACAGGCCUCAUAACCGCCACGGAUGAAGGAUCUCCAAUGGUGGCCAUCGUUGGCUCGGUGAAGCGAGCUCAGUCCAACAAACGGACUCACCAGAGCCUCCAAAACGUCGAGCUCCUGAAGCCUGUGACCAAAAAGACGCUGCCGGUUGUGGUCGAGGACCAGGUGGCUGAGAUCAUGCUCGAGGCGUUCCGAGCUGCCGUCUCAUACCCGCAGGGUGCCACUGCCGUCAGUCUUCCAAUCGACAUCAUGACCCCUGGGAAGUCAAAGUCUGCGAUCCGAGCCUUCCCGCCGGCGGCUUUCACUCCCCCUGCGUACGGGCUGUCUUCCGAUGCGUCUCUUUCCCAGGCGGUGAAGAUGAUUGAGAAUGCCAAGUUCCCUGUCCUGUUCUUGGGUAUGAGGGCAGCGAGCAAUGCGGUGGUCGACCAGGUGUACGCUCUGCUUCGAAAGCAUCCGCUGCCCGUUGUUGAGACGUUCCAGGCUGCUGGUGCCAUCUCCCGAGACCUGGCCCACCUCUUCUUUGGCCGCAUAGGCCUGUGGCGGAAUCAGCCGGGGGACGAACUCCUCAGCCACGCAGACCUUGUCAUCACCAUCGGCUACGACGAAAUAGAGUACGAUGCCGAGUCGUGGAACCCGGGAGAGCGGGAGGUCGACAUCAUUCACAUGGACUUCCACAGGGCGACUUUUGGGGCGCACUACGAGCCGAGGCUGGAGCUGAUAGGGUCCCUUUCUGACAAUCUGGCCGUCCUCAACACCCGCCUCCAGAACGUGGCCCGUCCCCACGAGACAGUCGUCGCCAAGAAGCUGUUCAGCGGACUGCAUGCCUGGGAGACUGGCCCCAAGGCGUGUCCCUCGCCUUGCCCGGACACUGGAAAAGUGCACCCCCUGCACUUUAUCAAGGUCCUUCAGAAGAAGCUCGAGGCUUUUGAACAGACACCGACCAUAUCCUGUGAUGUUGGAUCUGUUUACAUUUAUUUUUGCCGCUUCUUCUACUCCUACGUCCCCAAGACGUUCCUGGUGUCCAACGCUCAACAAACUCUGGGAGUGGCGCUGCCUUGGGCCAUCGGAGCGUCGCUUGCACAGGAGCCUCCUUGCUCUGCCAAGGUCGUCUCAAUCAGUGGAGAUGGCGGCUUUCAGUUUUCAAUGGCAGAAUGCGCCACGGCCGUCGCAGUCAAGGCCAACAUUUGCCACAUAAUCUGGAACGAUCAAAGCUACGACAUGGUCGGUUUCCAGGAGCAGAUCAAAUAUGGGCGCACUUCGGGCACUGGGCUGGGAAAUGUCGAUUUUGUGAAGCUGGCCGAGGCGUAUGGCGCCAAGGGGUUCCGCAUCGACAACCCCAGCCAGUUGGAGUCCACGCUGGAAGAGGCUCUUGCUUGGAACGGGCUCUCCAUUGUCGACGUGAACAUUGAUUACAGCGACAACCAGGAGCUGAUGAAGCAGGUCGUCACUGAUAAAGUCAACUAAACUAGCUCAUAUGGACAAAAAGACAAGAGUUGGUGCGAGGCAACCCGUCUUUUGCUCUUGAGCUGAUUAUUGAACUGUCGUGCUUCACGCUCUCGGUCCACAAAUGCAGGUUUUCGUUUUUUCACUGUAUUUUUCAGUUACUUAGUAUAGCAGGCGAUCCUAAUACAGCACAAAGUCCCCAAGACCGAUAUACCCACCAAUGUCCGCUCCCUACCAUUCAAUAGUGUCCCUUUCUCCCAC